ACAGAAGCAGACACCUCAGCCCUUUUCUCUUCAGUCCACCACCUUAAACUUAUAGUCUGAGCGGCUGCAGACCUGCCCCUGGCGCCAUCCGAUUCCCUGGACUACGGCUGGCUCUCCCUUACCUUGAUCUCCCGUUGCUCGACCUGAUUGCUCGCUGCAGGAGUGCCUACGGCUGCUCUCGUCAAUCGAAUAAGAGAGUGCGAGGAUAAGGACGAGGACGAGGACGAGGACGAGGUGCCUUGCCGCAUGAUGGAAACACAUGUCACCUAGUUCAUGACCGAGGAUCGCUCUGCCAAAGACGAUUGCUCUCCAGAGAGUAGGCGUUCGAAUCCUCAUGUUCCGACCCGACCAGCCAGGAGAGUUCCAGGACAUAUGCAGCUCCAAAGGAGGCACGCUGCACAGGGGAUCGCCGUUGCGUCGAAUGAACGUUCUAUUCCCAGCUUCCCUUUUGCUAAGCGCAGGUUCCUGACGCGAGGAAUGCACCUCAGUACCUUCUUUUCCCCCUCCCUCAUGGCGAGGCCAGCGUCAAAGUUAGACGUCAAUUGUCAAACAGCAAGGGCAGGCUGCGUCUGUUGCCACGUACGGCCAGCAAUUGGCCGAGUCUAUCCUCUGUCCAGUCUUCAGAAUGUCACUUCGGUACGGAGCACUGGGCCAUUGUUCGGCGAAGCGCCAUUGCAAGUCUGCGGGUCAAUUAGCCCCAAAGUUGAGCCUCAACUAGCCAUCGCCACUCCAUUGGACGAUGACGGCAGGGCACAACUAGUGUGGUCAAGGUCUGCGCUGCUCUUCUAAGUUGUUUCCAGCUAUUACAAGUCCAAGUCGUUCCAGACUGGUUGAGAAGAAGCCCACAAAAAAGGUCUGACGUUCCUGUUCCGAUGACCAGACUAACCAAAGAACAAGAGGCGAAUUGAGAAGAGGGCGGUCAGACAGACCAGACCCAAAGACCAGAAAAAGAAAAA